CGGUGUCACUGGUAACAUCACUAGCUUCUGUAAUAUAAAUUAGAUAAUUUCUUGAUUUGAAGUCCGUUUAAUUCAGUCCUUUUUUAACUCUCUGCAGGAUUUUAUUGUAAAUAAAAUGUUACGCUAGUGUUUAUUCAUUUAUUGGAUGUAAUUCUCUCUGUUAUUGGUCAUUUAACGUUAGGCGAUGGAAGGGUGUUUUAAUGACGGAUUAUAUCAGCUUUAAAUGUAAACGAUCGAUGAUCUUAUAGAAAGUCCCAUCAUUUCUUGUAGCGAAAGUGACUUUUUUUUAAAUCGACUCUGAUAAAUGUCGUAGCAUUAGCUUUAGCAGCUAACAGACACAAACACAUCAGAAAAACAGUUACUAAUGUUUAUAGUAGCAGCUAUUAUAUAAACACACAUACGGAUUAUAUCAUCAUCAUCAUCAUCAUGGCAAACGUGACUGAUCUGCAGACUAAAUACAGUAAAUUGGCUCAAGAAUAUUCAAAGCUCCGAGCUCAGCAUCAGGUGCUAAAGAAGGCCGUCGUAGAUGAGCAGACCACAUCCAACUCUGUAAAGGAUGAACUUAAGCAGAAAGAACAAACUUUUCGGAAAGUUCAACAGGAAAUGGAAAGCUUGACCUUCAGGAACCAGCAGCUGACCAAGAGAGUUGAGCUGCUGCAGGAGGAAUUACAUCAGUCUGAGAGUAAAAACAAGAAGAGUAAAAAUAAAGGAGACUCGCCUUCCCAAAUCAACCUGCAAACGCAGAGGGUGUUCGAUGAAGAUCUGCAGAAAAAAAUCCAGGAGAAUGAAAGACUUCACAUCCAGUUCUAUGAAGCUGAUGAGAAGUACCGUCGACAGGAGGCUCAGCUGAAAACACGUCUAGAUCAUCUGGAGAAAGAGUCUGAGCAACAUCAGGCUGUUGUAGAUGCCCUCACCAGCAAAUACAUGGACACCAUCCAAAAACUCCAGAGCGACAAAGCUUGUCUAGAGGUAAAGGUUCAAACCCUGGAAAGAGAAGCAAAGGACAGCAGAGUCACAACUGAAGAUUGCCAGCAUCAGUUGAGGAAAUAUCAGACUGAAGUGAGCAGUCAGUUAAAACAGAGCUGCUGUGUCAUUCAGGAGAAAGUUCCCUUCAACGACACCCAGUCGAGUGACUUCAACAGUCUGAAUGUUCCCCUUCAUAACAGAGGACAUCAGCUUAAAGCUCGUGAUGUGGCGGCUCAGGCUCUGGGCUUUGUACAGACUUUGGUUUCUGCCCUGCUCAACUUUCACUCUUACACUGAACAGAGGGUCCACAUUUACCCGCUCGACUCAUCCAUUGAAGCCAUCUCACCCAUCAACCAGAAGUUCUCUCAAUAUCUGCAUGAAAAUGCAUCAUAUCUGCGUCCGGUGGAGGAGGAGUUACUGCAGUUACAUGAGAGCAUUACAGAGGACACCAUCACAGUGCUGGAAACAGUGGGAAAACUGCAGGACUUCUCCAAAUCCUUCUCAUCCUACAGCCGGUUCCUGCAGAAGAUUCUUCCCUAUCAGCUCAGAAGUCUAGAAGAAGAAUGUGAUGCUCCUCUCUGCACGCCAGCACUGAUGUCAAAAAACCAUGAGUUGCAGAAUGACAUAAAGAAACUGACAGCUGUCUUUGACAAACUCAAAUCUUACAUCAGCUUGUUAGCCCUCCCCAGCGUUCGUUUGGAUGCCAUGUCUCAAAGCAGCACCAAUGCGGUCUUCACGCAGAUCAGCGCAUGCUUACAUAGCCUGCAUGACAUCACCACAGAGUUGUCCAAGCACUACAGUCAGAAGGUUUCUCUCGAGCAGGAUCUGCCAAGUGUCACGCAAAAGUUUCGUACCACGAACGAGUGUUUACUCUCAUCACUUGUGUCGCUCACAAACAGCUGCAGCAAGAUCACCACGUUCUUCAGCAACAACCUGGAUUUCUUUGCGUCAUGUCCUGGUUACAGUGUACGAGGUGGCAACGUGAACCCGCUGCGGGCAGACAGCAUGAUUGCUAACAAGAGACACGCUGCCAAAUACAUGAGUACCAUCAGAAAGGAAAGAUCAGAGUCUGUACCAUACAGAGAAGCUUUAUCAAACCGACACAUUCUUACGAGCUCUACAGAGAGCAGAGAGGGUCUAAUGCAGCAGGUUCUUCAGACUCAGGAGAAGAUUUCUCGUCUGGAGCAGGAGAAAGAGCACUGGUUGCUGGAGGCUCAACUCGGGCAGGUGCGUCUGGAGAAGGAGAACCAGCGUAUCGCUCAGCUGGAGGCUCAGGUCAGCGGUGGUGUUGGAGGUCAUCCUCGCAGCAGCAGUGAAAGCUCUAAAGCUGGCCGUACAGAGAGUACAGAGCUUAUCCAGGACACCAGUAUGGUCGGCAUGGUAACAAUCACAUCCUGCAGCGACAGUGAUGAAGAUCAGGAAUCUCGUGAACAACUGAUCAAAAUGCAUUAUCUGAGUCGUGUGUCCGAGCUGACCGCUCAACUUCAGAUGUGUGACAGUAAAGCUGUCCACUUUCACUCUGAGUGCCGAGCUGUAGCCAAACGUCUUGCCAUUGCAGAAAAUUCUCGCGAGGCUUUGACGGAGGAACUGAAGCUCGCCAAUCAAAACAUCACUCGCUUACAGGAUGAGCUCAGCACCACGAAGAAAAGCUAUGAAGAUCAGCUGAGCAUGAUGAGCGACCAUCUGUGCAGUAUGAAUGACACGCUCAGCAAACAGAGAGAAGAGAUUGACACGCUCAAACUCACAUCUAAGGGAAACUCAAAGAAGAACAAAGGCCGAUAGUAGAACAGAGAUGUCACAGAUUCUUUUACCAUCAUGGAUUAAACGUGCCUGGAUUUCACCUUUUCAUCUGUGGCACAUGACUGCAGGAGAAAACGAGUUUAAUGUGUGCGCGUGUGUCUGCUUGUGUGUGCAUGUGUCACUGUAACACAAUAUGUGAUAGCAGUUUGUUGUGAUAGCAGCAAGUGAUUGUGUUUUGAAGCUCGUUCUUUGGACUGAUUGAGUGGUUGUGUCUUCAUGUGUGAGUGGGAUGUUGAAAUUCCAGCAUUUGUGUAGUUUUUAACACACAGUGGCUGUAAGUAAAACCACAGACACGCACGCACACACACACAACUACACACGCACACAAGUUGGAUUUAAAGCAUGCAGAGAAGAGUUAGUUAGUGGCAUUGAUUUACACUUAUAUCUAAUGUGUAAGAUGAAUAAAAACUCUUCAUCAGAUCUGUUGCACUUCAUGGGUUGCCCCACAGGUCCUAAAUAUUUUCUGGUUGAAAUAGAUCAGUGUUGUCCAGCAGUCUAUGACAUAAUAGAGCAGAUCUCCAUAUUAUUAAAGGAAAUAUAUUACCAAAACUACUAUCUUAAUUCAACUCUUAUAUAUGAUCAAAUUAUUUAACAUCCAUGGUAGUUUAUUCAGAACUGUCAUGGGUGUACAAAUAUUAUCUGAUCUUAGUCCGUUUUCUUUCUCAUUUAAUGCAUUCACAUCUGUUUACCAUCACAAAGUAAUAAAUAAAGGUGUAAUUAAAGAUGUGUUGUUUUCAGACUGAUUUCAUUCACUUAUUAAAGAUGCGCAAACCAUGAAAGUU